UUGACUGUCCCUACCAAAAUUAAUUCUCUCUCACUUUCUCUCUCUCUUUAUUUCUCUUCCCAGAAUAAUCUCUAGAGUGAGUUUAUAAUUCGACACAAACGAGCUCUGUCUGAAAUGGCAUGCUUAGAAAUGUACAACUCUAAUGGUGGUGGUGGUGGUUGUGGUAGUCCCAUGAGUCCAAGAAUUUCUUUCUCGAAUGAUUUCGUUGAGAUUAGGCCUGAGACGACAAAGACGACGAGAUCAAGCCCUCUCUCCAAGCCAGAAGGUUCUUCCUCAGCUUCUGAUAACUUCGAGUUCUCUGUCUCCAACUACACAAUGAUGCCUGCUGAUGAACUUUUCUCUAAAGGAAAGCUUUUGCCUUUCAAGGAGACUAAUCAAGCUCAAAGAACAUUGAGAGAAGAGCUUCUCGUUGAUGAAGAAGAGGAAGAAAGUCCUCGUGAUGCUACCAACAUCUUCUCUCUCAAGCCACCGAUGUUCUCGUCUUCUUCUUCUUCUUCCUCUAAGGGCAGGUGGAAAGGGCUUUUGGGCCUCAAGAGAGCUCAUGUUGGGUCUAAGAAUAACGAAGAACGAUUUGUUCAUAUGAUCAACAACAAACAAUCUCAGGAAGCAAUGGGAGGAAGAGAAGGGUCAAGUUGCAGGGACAUGAAGAAGAGUAUGUAGAGCUAAAAAAAAAAGCUUUCACUUUGUUUUUAUUUAGCUAGGAACAUGGUUGCUUCCAAAUUUUUAAUAUCUUAGAUUUAUGUUAAUCUUAGAUCUGAAAAGUUAUUUAACAAAAAAAAAAAAAAAAGAAUCAGGCUCUUAUAUAUGUGUUGUUGACGGAGUUGGUUUAUUUCAUCAACUAUUCAUGUUUCACCGAUCGGUCUUGUGAGAUAUUCUUUUUCGAAGGGUGAGGAAUAGAUCUGUCUUUGGAUGGAAGAAGUUUGUUUGGCUGUACAAAAGAAAAAGAAAAAAACAAGAGUGUGUGACUGUGUGAGUAGUUCAGAAAAUUUAAUUUCCAGUUUUUAAAAUUGAAGUAACG